CAAUGUGGAGAGCUAGAGUUUUGUUUUUGGUGUUUUUUUUUCAUGUCAACUCUUGCAUAUCUUGUACUAUUAGAUUGUAGAGGGCGCACGUUGGUUUUCACGAUCAUCCCCGGAAAGUGCCGAUGAUGUAUGACGAUCGUAUGAUGAUGAACAUGUACAUGUACAUAUGUACAGGCUAACUCAACUGUGCAUAUAUUGUCAUCAUUGUGUCAUCAAGCUAGUCAAACCGACCGUGCAAGUAUUUGUCACAUUCAGCUAGUAACAUGAAUGUCAACAGACUAGUAGAACCGUGAAAUUGGUACUUGUCGUUCACUCUCAAAAUGGCGGUGGCGAGUGAAUUGGAGUGGGUUCCGGAGACCCUGUACAACUCGGCCAUUACUGCUGUCGUGUCGACGUAUUCUCGUCACCGACUGGAGCUUCGAUCGCUUCCGGAAAACAUCCAGUUCGAUGUUUAUUACAAGCUGUAUAAACAAGGUCGACUCUGUCAGCUGGGCAUGGAAUUCUGUGAGCUGGAUGUCUUUGCUAAAGUUUUACGUGCCAACGACAAAAGACAUCUGCUUCACCAUUGCCUGCAAGCCUUGAUGGACCAUGGCGUCAAGGUGGCGUCAGUGCUGGCUGAUUCCUAUGCCACUCAGGCUACCCUGCUGCGUGUCGAGCAGACCAGCAGCAUGGAGAAGGCCAUUCAGCUAGCAUUUUCACUCGGUAAGCUUGCUUAUUUACUUAACCUUGCUGCCCUUCACGGUGAAAUGUGCGCUCUUCUCUUUGCCAAAAGCCAGUACGACGAGGCUUACAACCACUGCGUUCAAGCCCUCAAAGGCAUCAACAACAACAUACCGGUCCGCUGCAUCGUUCAUAUUCUACGGCAGGCGGCCAAGGCUUGUGUGGUCAAGAGAGAAUUCAAGAAGGCGGAGCUUCUCAUAAAGCAUGCCAUCUUUCUUGUCAGAGAGCAUUUUGGCACAAGACAUCCCAAAUAUUCAGACAUCCUUCUAGACUUUGGCUUCUAUCUGCUCAACAUCGAUUCCAUCAGCCAGUCUACGGUUGUUUAUCAGCAAGCCCUUGAUAUCAGGCUGUCCGCAUUCGGGGGGCGUAACCUCCAUGUAGCCAUUGCACAUGAGGAUUUGGCAUACGCAUCCUACGUCCACCAGUACAGCUCAGGCAAAUUUGAUGAUGCUCGAGAGCAUGCAGAGAAGGCCAUCUCCAUUAUCACCCAGAUCCUGCCAGAGAACCACCUGUUAUUAGCAUCGUCGAGAAGGGUCAAAGCUCUUAUCUUGGAGGAGAUUGCCAUCGAUUCUCACGACAAGGACACAGAGGGCAAGCUCCUGCAGGAAGCCCAUGACUUGCACCUGUCCUCCCUCAACCUGGCCAAGACGGCCUUCGGAGAGUUCAACGUCCAGACGGCUAAGCACUAUGGUAACCUGGGCAGGCUCUACCAGUCCAUGCACAGAUACAAGGAGGCGGAGGAGAUGCACAAGAAGGCUAUCACCAUCAAAGAGCGACUACUGGGUGAGGAGGACUAUGAGGUUGCGCUGUCUGUCGGUCACCUGGCGUCGCUGUACAACUAUGAUAUGAAACAAUACAAGGAAGCUGAGGAACUGUACCUGAGGUCCAUUGACAUAGGGAAGAAGCUGUUUGGCCCCGGCUACAGCGGUCUGGAGUACGACUACCGGGGCCUGAUCCGCCUCUACAUCAACACGAGCGAGUUUGAGAAGAUGAACGACUACAACGAGGUGCUGGGCCGUUGGAAGCUGCUGCGGGAGAGCUCGCCCAGCCCUGUCAACAUCGUGGACUACCUGGCCAACUACAAGAGCGACCUGACCACGGAGCAGGUCAUCCAGAAGUUCUUCAAGCAGGACUGAAAAGUCAGUCUUCUUUUGUCACGAUGUCCUCUGGUGAGACUUGAACCAACCUUGGGAACUGUCUUGAGUGAGCAACCAUAGCAUAACUCUUGUCGCACCCCACAGCAAUUCAGCCAAUCUUUCAGAGCAUAGACCGAAGUCUGAAGUCCAAGCGUCAUGUUCUAAACACAUUCCCUUUGUAAAGAUGAACCCAUUUGCAGUAGUAUCUCACCUUAAGUACCUGACUGCAGAACUGUCUAUUCAGGAAUUGCUCAAGCAGGACUGAAGCCGUCGACACUGCAAGAAAUCAAUGUGUGUCGUCGGAUUGAUCUGAAGUGUAUAAUCUACAUUCUUUCAGUUGUUCUUGCCACCCGUUCAGUAAUUAAGGGCAAGGUGCACUGGAGUUCUUUCAACAGGACUGGAGCAACAAGGUCCUGAAAAUACCCAGUUGUGUUUUUAGAACCAGUCAUAAGAACUGUCUGGAGUGUGCAAUCAUGGAGCAGGUUUGGCAGAUAAUCUCAGUACACCUUCGGAAAGUAACAGUUGGUCAUUCAUUUUCUUCAAACAAGAGCAAACCUGUCAACUUCUGAAUAGUAUCCGUUUGUGUGAACUGGGAACCAAUUGUACUGGUGGGGUAGAAACCAUUUAGAGUGUCUGGUUACAGAAUCAUUCAUACAGUAAUUUGGUUCAUACCUUCAAAGAUUUGAACACUCUCAAAGACCAAAUAUCCACAAAGGAGAAGCAGAGUCACACGCGAAGUUCUAUGAAGACUUUGUGUGAGAAAGUGAACCCAUCAUGUCAGUAUUCAGGAGUUCUUUUGCAGUAUUGAAGCUGUGAGCUUCUGUAAUAUAUCUACUCGUUGGAUUUGAAUGAAGAUUCAUAUCUGAAGUGUCGGACUUACAACACAAUUCUCGCAGACAUUUGCAUCACACCGUCAGAGUUCAAGAUUCUUUUAAGAACAACCUUCGAGGUCUAACAAUGUUCUCAGUGCGGAUUGGAACCCGUAUUGUUUAGUGUCAAACUACAAGAACAGUAAACGAUUCAUUUGGAAUUUCUUCAAGUAGGGUCCAAGAGAGUCCCCUUCUGCUUAAAUGUUUUCUCCUGGGAUUGGAACCAGCCAGGCUCAUGUGUAAUUCAAUUCAAGAGAUCUGGCAGUAAGUAAUCAAGUGCAGGACUUCCAUCUAAAAAUAUUUGUUUUGGGGGAUUUGGAUGAGUCUUGUCGGCAGAGUUGCCAGCUGAUAAGGUCAUCAAAGACAGCUUCAAGCUCAAAGUAGAGCCUGCUUCCAAGACGCCCCAGUGAAGAAAAUAAGCUGAGUUUUGUAGGAGUUACAUCUGAUGUGGGAUUGAAUCUGUGAUUCAUUAAAACCCUUCACGUGAAAGAAUUAAAGGGUUUUGUAGGAAGCUGUAAACUCAGGCACUAACUGUAGUUUGACCACUAGUGGCACAAAUUUACACGCAGUGUACCAACCCAUAACAACCCUAGUCAAAUCACUUUCGGAAACCCCACAACUGUCACAUUUUGCCUUGGUUGGAUCUUCUACUUCAUUGACAGUUUCCGUCAUAUACAGUUACCUUGACAUAAGUGGUUCCUUCUGUACCUAAUUCCCCAAAGGCUGCUGAUAACCACUGAUGCAACCAUGCAUCAAGGCCUGGUUCAAAAUAUUUGAUGACUACCGUAGAUAGUUCAAUCAUCCAAUCAUACUGGUCAUGAUUAGGCUGAACUAUAGUUAACUGUUAAUCACAAUCUCCCAAACUUGCCUCUUGUGGGGGUUUCAGCAUUACUGAGAGACACCAAGACUUGAAUUGAACAGAACCAGGGAGAUUGAAAAAGAAAAAAAACGACAGGCAGUAAGAACCAACAGGAAUGUAAAAAUCCACAAAGCAACUUAAAUGUUUAUGUAGAAUUUGUGCAUAACCUCAGAAAUGCUUAUACAAUUAUGCACCAGCAAAAGUUCCAGGAAGUUACUCAUAAAAUGUUUAUUCCAAGUGACUGAUUUGAUGAAAGUGUUUGUGGACUAGCAUUUUCCCUAACAUAACAGGCUGUAAAAGAAAUAGUAAAAAAAAAAAAAAGAAUUUAAAAUG